AUGACAGACGACGGCAGCAAUUUUUCUGUGCAUUCAGAACAACUGGAAACCUUUUAUGAAAACAAAUAUGUGUUUCGAAGAAAUCAUGCAAGAAAUAAAUAUACAUAUGAUCAUAGUAAAUAUGAAAUUAGAAUUGAAAGAUCACACUAUGCACAAAAGGAUGGAUCCAACAGAGAUGAUAAAAUAAGUAUAGUUGUACUAAAAAAUGAACAAAAUCGACACGAAAAACAUACAAAGUUUAAAGUUGAUAAAAAUACAGCAGAUCAAAUGUACCAUGACAUAUAUUUUAGAAAAAAAUACGAUAAUAUUACUAUGGGCUAUAGCACGCAUGAACUAUAUAAAUCCUUUAUACAAAAAGUCAUUUCUGAGAGAACUCAUCUAAUACAACAAUAUUUGCAUUACGAUAUUAUACGUACUGUAAAAUCAGAAUCUAAACAGACUAUCGGUCAGAACCUGUUUAAAAAUUCAUUAAUUAAAACUAAUUGUAAAGUAUACAGAUGUCAAUUGAAUACCCAAAAAGAAAGUUGUUGCUGCUCAUGUAAUUCGGAUGCAAUGUUUGAAGUCAUGAAAAGUCUUUAUGAUUGUUAUAAGAAAAAAAAUUGUGAUAAUUGUAACUGCAUUCUUUGUGGUCAUCUUCCAAGAGAAGAAAGACGACUUGGUGAAUUACGAAAGUCUGGAGUACCAUUAACCGGUGCCGGAAAAGAAACAGCCAAUGUAAAAAAAAAGAAAAAGAAGCACGGAAGAAAAACCAAAGAAGCUGCUGCAGAAAUAGCUGAAAAAGAGAAGAUACUGGCCGAUUUAGUGGUGACUGGUGCCCCACUUCCUGAACCGAAAACAGCGUCUGAAAAGGAAUUGGUCAAAAAGGUUAAGAAAAAAUUUGGUUUAUCACCAAAACCUAAAACUUUAGAAGAAAAAGAAAGAUAUAAACGAGCAGAAGUAGAAGGGUUAAUAACUCCGCUGGAGGGUAAAAAUGCUAAACAAAAAGAGAAAAUAUUGAAAAAACAAGCUGAACUUGGAAUACAAUUACCAGAAGAUCGAACCCACUCAGAAAAAGUAUUAACCACUAAAAUCAAAGGUAUGACAGCACCAUCUUCCGUUUUCGUACCUUCUGAAAAGCUUCGUAAAGCUAAAGCCGCUGGAUUUAUAACACCUUUAGAAGGAAAAACAUCUGAAGAAAAGGAAAGAAUACUUAGAGGUUUAGCGAUGCAAGGUGUACCACUGCUUGAAGGAAAAACAGAAUCUGAAAAAAAGUUAAUAGCCAAAGUUCGGGCUGACCUCGGAUUACCACUAGAACCAAAAACAGCAACGGAGAGAAAUAAAUACAAUAACGCAAUUGUAGCUGGAAUAAUAACUCCAUUGGAAGGAAAAUCGUCCUCGCAAAAGGAGAGAAUUCUUAUACAACAGAAUGAGAUGGGUUUACCUUUACCAGAAGGUCGAACUGUAUCAGAAAAAGCAUUAAUUGCCAAAAUUAAAACAACAGCGAAACCACCUUCAAUGGUUAUGCCUUCUGAAAAACUUCGCAAAGCAAAAGCCAUAGGUCUUAUAACACCCCUUAAAGGGAAGUCCCUUGAACAAAAGGAAAAAAUACUAAAAGGUUUGGCAAUGCACGAUAUAUCUUUACCGGAAGGUAAAACUUCAUCAGAAAAAAAGUUAAUUGAAAAAGUACGUGCAGAUGUUGGUUUACCGCCAGCACCUAAAAGUACUAUCGAAAAAGAAAAAUACAAAAAAGCUUUAGCUGCUGGAUUUAUUACACCAUUAGAAGGAAAAUUUGAAUCUCAAAAGCAAAAAAUAUUAAAAGGCCAAGCAGACUUAGGCUUAGCUCUUCCUCAUGGUAGAACAUCCUCAGAGAAAGCUUUGAUUCGCAGAAUAAAAGCAGCAACUGUAGUACAUGGGAAACAAUUGUUAUCUCCAGAUCAAGCUAAAAAAUUAAAUAAAAAAACCUCUAAAGUCAUGAAAGAGGGAAAAGGCCCUAGUGACGAAUGUAUAUGUCCUUUUUUAACACCUGAGUUGCAACGACUUGCAAAUUUAUCAAAAAAUCACCAAGAAUCUGGUAAAAUAACAUCAGAGAAAAACAAAACUGCCAAGGCAGAACCUCUAGACGGCAAAACAGCGGUACAAAAGGAGAAAAUUCUAAAAGGCUUAGCAAUACAGGGUAAACUGCUUGAAGGAAAGACAGCUUCCGAAAAGAAAUUAAUUGCUAAAGUAAGACAUGAUGUAGGUUUACCUCCUGAACCUAAAUCUGCGUCAAAAAAAGCUAAAUUGAAAUCUGAAAAAUUUCACAAAUCAAAAGAUGCAGGUCUCUUAACGCCUCUCAGAGGAAAGACAUCCGGCCAAAAAGAGAAAAUACUGAAAGGAUUGGUAAUACAAGGCAUAACUUUGCCUGAAGGAAAAACUAGGUCUGAAAAAAAGUUAAUCAAUAAAGUUCGUCAUGAUUUUGGACUUCCACCACAACCUGAAACACCAUCAGCAAAAGAAAAGUAUAAUAGAGCUAUAAUCUCUGGAUUAAUAACCCCUCUCGAGGGAAAAUCAGCAACACAAAAAGAAAAGAUACUUAGAGGGCAAGCAGAAUUAGGAUUACAGCUGCCAGAUGGCCGUACACCAUCUGAAAAAGCUUUAGUUAAUAGAGUAAAAGCUACUAUUAGGGUUCCAUCUGCCAAAUCUGAGAAGAUACGUAAAGUUAAAGCAGCAGGAUUACUCACUCCUUUAGAAGGAAAGACAUUUUCAGAAAAAAUACAAGCAGAAGAUGUGGGUUUGUUAACACCACUAGAAGGUAAAACAUCCCAACAAAAGGAAAAUAUUUUAAGAGGUUUAGUAAAAGUAGGUGUUCCAUUUCCUAAGGGUAAGACUACAUCUGAGAAAGAAUUAAUUCGGAAAAUUCGAAAGGAAGCAGGUUUACCUGUAAAACUAAUUGCUUCUGAAAAAAGAGGGAAAUAUGCUAUUAAAUCUAAGAAAACUGGGGCAGCUGUAGUAACAAAAAGUUCCAAAAGAGCGGGUGAAAUAAAGCGAUCAGAUGGAAUAAAAGAGGAAUUCCAAGAUGUGAUCAAGACUACAACAUGUGAUCGGGGUUGUGGUUGCGAUAAAAAGAAAAUUAGAUUUAAACAUAGUUAUGUGAAGAUAAGAGUAACUUCACCUGAUAUAUCUUCUUUAUGCCCGUGUCCUGAUGAAUGUGUUCCGGGCGUUAAACAUGGAGUAUUUACUGACAGUAAAGGAAUUAAAGUUACCGUUGGAAGAGUCAUAGGUGUACCUUCAUAUUCUGUAGUCUCAAAUACAAUAGAAUACGAAACAAGUCCUGUAAAAAUCAGAGACAAUUUUAAGACCAUUUUUAUAAAUAAACAUGCAUGUAAAUUUGAAAAAGGAGACGACACUGAUGAAAAUUUAGAAAAUUCGUUUAUAAAUGAUUUUACUAACACUAAUAGUCUCCAUAUUAAUUAUGACGAUAAAAAUGUAUCUACAGAUACUAUAAAUAAUUCAGAAGAAAAUGUUAUCGGGAAUUUUGGUAGUAAAUAUGAAAAAUGCAAUAAAUUAUAUUCUUAUUUACUUAGUGGUGACUCGUCUAACAAACUCAGUAGAAUGAAAUCAGAAGACCAUAUUAAUAAUAGUGAUAAUUUCGACAAUGACUUUUCUUGCUCAACUGCGGAAUAUUUGGAUUCAUCUAGAAACAAAUUAAUUAGACUUUCAUUAUCUGUAUAUAGUUUAGAGUCGACAGGAAUUAUUAAAUGUGAAUCAUCAUUAAGUUUGUUUACUAACUCCAUAAGUGGAAACGUCAGAACUGUGAGUGUUAUAUCUUUCGCUGAUAGCAAUCUCUCUCCAGAUGAUAGUCUUUACCUAUUAUCAGAACCUCUUGAAGAUGAAACAUUCACCAAUACAGAGAAAGAAUCCGAAUAUUAUUCAAGCAACGAUGAAAAAGAAUUCAGUAAAAGUAAUGCAGACGCUGAUUCUUUACAUGUUAUGAGUGAUCUAAAUAAUGAACAAGGCAUAAUAAAUGUGGUGGAAAAAGUCCUCGACGAGAAUGCUUUCUCAAAUUUGUCGUCGCUACUUCUUCUUGUGUCAUCGUCAGACUGCGAUUCUGAUUAUUCGUUAUCAAUCGACAAUUCCACAACGUGCAUGCAAAUAUCUAAGAACAUUUCUCCGUGGAACAAGCUUUUCGAACAAGAAGCAAGGAAAGCUAAUCAGAGGACAACAGGAUUGAAAAUAUCAGCAAGAGGAAUGCGAUAUCUCUUAAAAAACGUUCCACCAAAAGCAGACGAUGUUAAUAUUAUGCGUUAUUUACAAAAAUGUGCUGAUGCUGAAGAAAAAGAGCAUGUAGGAGAGACGUGUCAAUCAGUUGAAGACAGUCGGUUAAGACAACAAGCUAUUCGCUAUGUGGUCGGCACAGAUACGACUCAAGACAGACUUUGCAGUUGUCCACCGAAGAAGCCUAUUUCUUUGGAGACCGAGGAUAAAUAUACCAGCAGCGUGGCCUCAGAAGUAAUCAUACCCAUUAUUAAAAGCCAGUAUAUUUCACAAGGUUUAAAACGUGAAGCUUAUGUCGAUGAAUCUAGUGUACAUAAAAAAAUCAAGAUGGUGUCAUAUCCUAGUCCAUUUUGUGUAAAUAAUUCGAACCAAACUGUUAGUGUAUGCAGUAUACCGCCAUGCAGAGGCCAAAAUAGCUGCCAUCAAUCAAGUUUGAAUGUUACCCAUCCUUCACACGAAUAUGGGAUCAAGUAUAAACGCUUUCAUACAAAAAACAAGAAAUUUAUAGGGAACGUCCCAAAAAAUAUGACAUCAGAUAGUUGUGGUGGUUCAAAGCCAUGCUUAAGACGUAAUUCGCCUGUCAAUCCACAUUUGAAACCAAUGGACAACAAGUGUACCAAGUGUGCUCAUCCCAAAAUAACGGAGAGAAGAGCUGUUGGGUGCCAGUGCAGUGGUGUAGAGAAAAAAGUAAAACUAAAACCACUAUGUCCAUGUGAAAUAUACGAAUCGCCACUAUCUGCAAAACCCACAGAUGUCGCUGAAGUCGAAGACCGCAAAAAAGGAUGUUCAUGCUUAUCUGAUCAAAAAUCUAAACGUAAACAUAAUAAAAAAGUAGUCUGUAAAUGUCCUCAGCAAGAAGAUUUAUUUCUCCAAAAUUUAGAAGAGUACACGAAUUUUGAAUGGAUUGAUAUAAAAGAGGUAAUUAAAAUGAAAUCAGACAUAGCACAGACAACGUCUGGCUUUAAAUUCGACGUGAAACCGAGGCAACCGCCUGAAGUACAGAUGAGUUUCGAGGAAGCGCUACAGUAUUAUGCUGAGCAUCCUACAGAGGAUCUUAUAGAAAAAGAUGACUGGUCGUAUGCAGAUAAACCUUUAAAUUCCAUGAGUAACACUGAUGUUAUCUGUGAAUGCCCUUAUGAGCUACCUUCAGAAGUUGACGAAACUAGAAACAAGAGUCAACAGCUCAGAAAAGGGUUAAAAUUUCAUAUUACUGGUAAAGGUUCAGCAUCUAAAGGCCUCAGUAGUGUUUGUUGCUUCGAUAUGGUGGAAGAGACUACCGGAUUCCUGCUGUCUCCAUCACGUAGCGUAUAAGUAUUGUAUGAUCCAGUAAUGUGUU